CAUGACAGAGAAUGAAGACGAAUAUACGAGUCGUUUAGUAAAGUUGGUUUUAAUAGGAGACGGAACCUCUGGAAAGACUUCUUUAGCUUAUCGGUACGUUAACGAUACAUUCAGCAAACCUUACUCGCAAACACUAGGAAUUGAUUGUUUAUUAAAGAGAACAAUUUUAUCAAGUAAUGUUCACGUUACUGCACAAAUAUGGCAUAUUGGAGGCCAAAGUAUUGGAGGAGGGAUGCUUGAUAAAUACCUUUACAACGCCGAUGGUGUAAUUUUAGUAUAUGACGUUACCAAUUUGGAAAGUUUUGAAAAUUUAAUGGAUUGGAAAGAGCAAGUUCUUCAACUUAUAAGAUUACGUAGCGAUGCAAAAUUUCCUCACUUUGUUCUUGUGGGUAACAAAAUCGAUCUCGAACAUUUAAGGGUUGUUCGAGGGCAGCGACAAGAAGCGUUUGCAAAGAAACAAGGCAUGAGUUCAUAUUUUGUUUCGGCUAAAACAGGAGAGGGCGUUACGAUGUGUUUUAAGAAAGUUAUUGCUGAUAUUUUAGGCAUUAAAUUGACGGUAAAAGAUCAUGAUUAUCAAUAUACUAUAGUUAAAGCAGAAAUUGUCAAAGAAAAGAAAAAAUGCACAGAAAAUUCAACAGUUCAAUCAGUUGCAAGACCAAAAUCUCCAGAGAAAAGCUCGUUUUGUGUUGUUCAAUAA